AUGUCAAACCUCAUCGAUGCGGAUGUGGGCACCGAACGCUUCAGCGGCUACGAAGCUGAGCUGAAGCUGGUGCAGGCCGAUUUGAACCAGCAGAUAGAUCAGAUCAAAGAGACGACGGGAGAGCCGAGGAAAGCGGCGAUCAGCAGAGCGGAGAGGGCGCUGCAGGACGCAGAUGAGCUGAUUGGCCAAAUGCGCCUCGAGAAGUCCAACAUCCCGGCAAAUCUCAAAUCCAAAUACAAUGCCCGCUUCCGUAACUUCGAACACGACCUCGACUCAGCCAAGCGCAAACUCGAGUCCUACUCCAGCGACCGCAGCAAGCUCUUUGGCGAUCGCUACAUGGACAAUCCGGAUACGGAUGCGCAGCUUGAGCAGCGCCAGCAGCUGCUUUCAGGAACAGAUCGGCUGCAGAGGUCGAGUGGACGGCUGACGGAGGCGCAGAGGAUGGCGCUCGAAACGGAGCAGAUUGGUGCAGGCACGCUGAGCGAUUUGGCUCAGCAGAGGGCGCAGAUUGUGCACACACGUGAGACGCUGUUACAGAGCGAGAGCUAUACCGAUCGGAGUAUCAAGACGCUGAAGGGGAUGGCGAGAAGGAUGGCUACGAACCGGAUCAUCACCAUCGCCAUCAUCACGGUUCUUGUUUUGCUCAUCAUUGCGGUUAUCUUCAGCAAGUUCAGAUGAAUGUACAUUGCGGGCUGGGAGGGCUUCAUCGGCGUUUUGGAGCAUACUGUAAAGGAUACGUCGCGAGGAUUCUCGGGCCUUUAAUCAUACCUUAAUAUCAAUACAGAGGAGUUUAGAAAUUCUGAAAUGCCUAAAGGGAAAUCAAAGGGCAGGUUGAUGUUCUAUACGUUACAUUGGGACUUUGCAGCAGGAGUCCUCGGUCUAGCCCUCGAGACUACUGCCCGCGCCGCAUACGUAUAUGAGACUUACAACGG